AUGAUACGCAGAGGCAGAUCCGAGGGAUGGCUCAAACAGCCCAUUGAUGCAUUGCCUACCUGGGCCACUUUCAACGGCGUCACCUUCGACAAGGUCAAAAUUGGUCCCCUCCCUGGCCAUGAGGACAGAGGUUCAACCGUCAUCGCAGACCAGAACCUCCAAGGAGGCAAUGUCGAUCCUCUCAUUGUAGUGCCCAAAGAAUUGAUCAUCUCUCGUCAAAAUAUAGAUCUCCUUGCAAAGUCGGAUCAUCGUCUACAUGAUCUUCUUGAAGCCCUGGGGGACUUCGGAAGGACAACAAGAGGCGCCGUGCUCUCAUUCCUGCUCCUCCAAGCUACCAUCUGUUGCCCAGACACAAAGGAUGUGGGUCUGCUGAAUCCUCUAACCCAAUAUAUCAAGUUUCUCCCAGAUGAGCUUCUUCCCACUUUUUGGACAGAGGAGGAGCGGGAGCUUCUCGUCGGAACCACGCUCAAGCCUGCCGUCAGCGCAAAGCUCAACAGUCUACUGCGCGAGUUUGAGAAUCUGCGAACCGCUACAGAAUCCAUCCCGUGGUGCAAUAAAUAUUGGUGGGAUGAAGAAGACGGCAUGCUCACCUUUGAUGAUUGGAUGCGAGUCGAUGCCAUGUACAGGUCCAGAGCCUUGGAAUUUCCAGGUGCUGGCGAUUGCAUGAUGCCAUGCGUGGAUAUGGCCAAUCACGCAUCGGGUAAUGCCACAGCCGCCUUAUAUGAAACAGAUAGCAACGGAAAUGGCUUGCUUCUACUUCGAGAGGGCCAAAAUAUUGAAGCAGGGGGCGAAGUAACAAUCACGUACGGUGACGACAAAGGCGCGUGCGAAAAAAUCUUCUCAUAUGGAUUCCUCGAAGACGGCAUGACCUCUGCAAAAGUCAUGUUCCUGGAUCUUGACAUUCCAGACGAUGAUCCUCUCAGACCUGCAAAAAUAUAUGUCUCAACAGAAGCGCCAGGAUUCCGCAUCUUCGAAAAAGACGGCGAGAUAGAUUGGGAGGGCGACUUCAUAUGGCUUGUUGUAGUCAACGAGGAGGAUGGGUUAGACUUCAAGGUCAGGCAAACCACCGAUGGCAAGAAAAGUAUCCAGGGUUUUUGGAGAGAGAGUGAGCUGGAUACCUCUAAGCUGCGGAAAUACCUUGAAGAGGACGCAACUUGGGAAGUCUUCCAGCUGCGUGCGACAGUGCUCUUGCAAGCCCGUAUUGAUGAGCAGAUCGAGGCGCUCAGGGGCGCUGAAGGCAUCAAGCGCGAGGGCACCAUUCGCGAAUUACCAUGGAAACUUGCAGAGCGGCUCCGAAGCUUAGAGCUGGAAAUGCUCCAACGUGCCGCAUCAGUCUUUGACAAACAGAGAGCAAAAUUGUUAGACUCACCCACUGUCAUACACUAUCUGGGUAUGGAUGAGCAGGAGGAAGAAGUUGAUUUUUCUUGA